UUUUUUCAGAUCAUAUUUUUUCAAUCUCAAUCCUACACAGUAUUGUCAGAACAGGGCAAUAUAGAAGAUUAUUGAGGCACACAAGGAUUAUAUUAUUUUAUAGGAAAACAUAUACAUUUUAGAAUAGGUCUAUAACAUGCAUUUGUAGAAAAACAAUUAUUUAGAAAUGAACUAGUCAAUUAUGUUAAAUGCCAAAUUAUUAUUUUAGAAAAUUUAAUUGUUUUUUGAAGUGGCUUAAUAUAUUGUAAUUUGACAUGACAUAAUUUUCACCUUCAAUGCGUGACAACCAUGUUUGUCAUUUGAAUGUUUAAUUAAAAGGCCAUAGCUUUAUUUUAAAAUAAAAUCGAAUAAUGGAGGCCAAUGAUGAAGCCGAAGUAGAUAUUAAAAAUGAAGAUAUUCCUUCUAACGAUAAAAAGAAAAAAUCUAAACCUAAAAAAGGUAAAGAAAAUAAAGUGAAAAUUGAAGAAAAGAAUAAAAAGGUUGAGAAAAGACCAGAGACUGCAAAUGUCUCUAAGAAAGGAAAAAAGAAAAAGCACAAAAGUGACGUAAUAGAAGAAAUAAAAAGUAAUCAGGAUAUGGAUGAGAAAAAAGGACGAGUUUCCAAAAAACCUUUUUGGAUAACGAGAGACAUGGCACAGGAUUUUGGUAGGGAGCAAGUUAUAAAAUCAAUUCUAAGAGAAGCUUUUCUUUACGUCUUGUUUGUAAUUUUUAUUACUAUUCAUGCAACAAAAGAUUCAACGUCCUCAAGAUACUUUUUAACUAGACAUAUGAAAGAAAGAUUUAUAAUACGAUCAUUCCCUACAGCACACGGUCAGACAAAUCAAUUUGAGGAAAUUAAUGAGAUCCAAGAUGUAUUUCAUUAUAUGCAGACGUUACUAGUAAACAAUUUUUAUACAAUGGGAUUUACCACUACUUCAGAUGACCUACGGGACAGGGAAGAAGAAUAUUUUUCAAAUGUAUUACUAGCUGUUCCUAGGAUUAGACAGGUUCGAAUGCCAAGUGACUCUUGUGUGGUAGCUGAAUAUUUUAAAAAUAAAAUUAAAAAAUGUUUUCUCGACUACAAAAUGCUUAAAGAAGAUACCGAACCUUUUGGUCUACGGCAAGCUCCUGCCUGGGUCUAUAACCAUAUGUCUGUUACGAAGUCUGUAACUACAAUAGGUACAUUGGCAACAUAUGGUGGUGGAGGUUAUUAUGUUGAUUUUCCAAGAAAUCGGAUGAAAUAUAUGGCAUUGAUUGAACAAUUAAGAAAUAAUUUGUGGAUAGAUCGAGGUACUCGGGCAGUUUUUAUUGAUUUCGCAUUCUACAAUUCCAAUGUGGACCUAUUUGUUUUAUAUAAAUUAAUUUUUGAAACACCUUCAAGCGGGGGAGUUAUACCAUCUUACAAAAUAAUUGUUACGAAGUACGAGGGUUUUCCAGAUAAAAUUAAUUAUUUUGAUAAGUGUUUAGAGAUAGUUAUACUUAUUUACAUAGUUAUAUUUACAUUGGAAACAAUCCGAAAUUUGGUUUAUUUCAAAAAAGCGUUCUUCUUAAAAUUUUUUAGCUACAUAGAUCUUUUCAUAGUUAUGUUAGGAUACUUAAUGUUAUUAGUGGAUAUAUUUAAUACUGUUACGACACGUGCCGCACUUCGAGAAAUUCGUAAUAAUCCAAAUGUAUAUGGUAAUUUGGAAUCAGCGGGUAUGUUCCAAACUACAAAUGACUAUUUGUUAGCGACUAUUGUUUUUGUGACAUAUAUAAAACUUUUCAAAUAUAUCAAUAUAAAUAAAUCUAUGUGUCAGUUAAAUUAUACUCUAAACAGGUGCCUUAAAGAUAUUUGUGCAUUCUCCAUAUUAUUUCUUUUGGUAUUUGUCGCAUUCGCUCUGCCUGGAUAUCUUAUUUUUGGAAGACAGGCUGCUUCUUAUCGUUCAUUUGGAAAAUCUAUUUUUACUUUGCUUAGAACAAUUUUAGGUGAUUUCGAUUACAGUGAAAUCGAAAAGGUAACUAGAGUCGUAGCGCCCAUAUUCUUCAUUAUGUUUAUGUUCGUUGUAUUCUUUAUACUGUUGAAUAUGUUCCUUGCCAUUGUCACAGAUGCUUACUCAGACGUCAAAAUAGAAUUAUCGUUAUCAGUUCACGAAUUAUCCAUAAACGACUAUGUUAAAUUAAAAAUAGCAAAAUUUUUAAAGAAAUUGCAUAUUAAUUUAAAACUACAGAUGGAAGAACUGGAUGCUUAUGACAUUACUCUGCAGAAAAUAAAAGACGUUUUACAAAGAUUCAAGUUUUCUGACAUGGAAAUUCAAAUGUUUUUUGCAAGAUACAACAUCGAUACAAAUGCUCGUAUUCAAAGAUCGGACAUUGAACAAUUGAAGAAAGAAUUGGAAAACCCACAACCUGCACCAAAUGCUGCACCUAAAUCUGCAAUAGGUUUUUUGACAAAUGAUGAUUUCGAGAAGCAACAGGCGGAUCUCCGGAAAAUAAAGGAAUUGGCUAAUAGAAUAAAUGAGCAACUCAAGGAUUUAGUUAAUCACUUAAAAUCUAAAUCUGAGAGAAUUAAUCCUUAAUAUUUUGAAUCAAAUUUUCGAUUUUCGAUUAGAUGGUAUUUAUUGUAAUAUGGUAAUGUUUUUUCAAUUUUAUGAAAUAUGUGGUUAAAAAGAAAUACACUAUGAAAAGUUU